AUGCCCGUUUUGCGAGUCGUCACGAGUUUAGCUUCACGACAAGUACCUCCCGAUUUUGAAACCGGCCUCCCAAAAGUUAUUGCAGCCAUUAUGAACAAGGAUUUAAGCAGAUUUUGGCUAGAGCUUACCACCGAUGCCCGUUUGACCCUGGGUGGCUCGAGUGAGCCGGCAGCCUGCGUUUUUGUGAAAUCAAUCGGCUGUGUGUCGGCCGCGGAAACGCCGAAUCUCACCGAGAAAAUCACGGCUUUCUGCGAGGAGAAGUUGCAGUUGCCAAAAGAUCGGAUCGGGAUUCAAUUCUUCGACCUCGAUCCGAACCUCAUCGCUCGUGGCGGGCUCACCGUCGCCGAGAAGUCGAAGCAA